AUGUUGCGAAGAUUCUCUACUACUUUCAAAAAGAAGGGCGACAAGGCCGAGAAGGCCGACCGCGAGCCGAAGGCCAACGGCACUGCCCAAAGCAAUGGCGCCGCACCCGCGGCCAACGGCAACAGCAAGCGCCAGUCCAAGGUGCCGGCUCCGCGCAGGCCAUCAUCGGAUAGCGGCAACAGUGCUGAAAGCGAAGACACUGCCGCUGUCUUCGAGAAGUUUGCGCAGGUGCUCCAUGCUUCGUCCCGUCCGAUCCCCCACCAGGGUGGCGAGGCUGCCUACCUUGAAAAGGAGCACCCCUCUGGCUUUUUCAGUGAUUUGAAGUCUCUCGGGUUGAAGGACUUUUCUUCGUUGAAAGAUGUGAUCAAGACCAAGAUCAAUGGGGAGCUGACGGAUGACAAGACGAUGAUCAUGGAGCGUGUUAUUCAGAUCGUCAGCAGUCUGCCCUCGAACUCGAAGAUGCGAGUGGACCUUACGAACGUGUUCCUUGAUGAGCUCUGGGGCUCCCUGCCUCACCCACCGCUCUCAUACAUGGGUAACGAGUACGCCUACCGAUCUGCUGACGGCUCCAACAACAACCCCACUCUUCCAUGGCUCGGAGCCGCCAACACGGCCUACUCGCGCUCCAUUGAGCCCUUGACCGUCCAGCCGGGAGGCCUUCCCGAUGCCGGUUUGGUUUUCGACACUCUCUUCGCUCGUGAGAAGUUUACGCCUCACCCGAACAAGGUUUCCAGUCUUUUCUUCGACUGGGCUUCUCUGAUUAUUCACGAUAUCUUCCAAACUGACCACAGAGACUACACCAAGAACAAGACCUCUGCCUAUCUUGAUCUGUCCAUUUUGUAUGGUGACGUUCAGGAAGAACAGGACCUUGUCCGUACACACCAGGAUGGAAAGCUGAAGCCAGACUCAUUUUCUGAGCCACGUCUCCAGGCGUUCCCCGCUGCCUGCUGUGUUCUUCUAGUCAUGCUAAACAGAUUCCACAACCAUGUUGUCGAAGAGCUUGCAGCCAUCAAUGAGAAUGGCCGCUUCACCAAGCCUAGCCCAAAUCUUCCCGAGGAACAGGCUAAGAAGGCCUGGGCCAAGUACGAUGAAGACCUCUUCCAAACUGGACGACUUGUCACCUGUGGUCUUUUCAUCAACAUCACCCUGUAUGAUUACCUGCGCACAAUUGUCAACUUGAACCGAGUGAACAGCACCUGGUGCUUGGACCCUCGUGCCCAGAUGGAAGGUGGUGCUACUCCUGCUGGUCUUGGUAACCAAUGCUCUGUUGAGUUCAACCUGGCCUACCGCUGGCACUCUGCCAUCAGUGCCAACGACGAGAAGUGGACCGAACAGGUCUACGAGGAGCUCAUCGGAAAGCCUGGUCAUGAAGUGAGCACUCAGGAGCUUCUCAUGGGACUUGGCAAGUACGGUAUGAGCCUUCCAAAGGAUCCCUCCCAGCGUACCUUCGCGCAUCUUAAGCGUCAGGAGGAUGGUACCUUCAAGGAUGAUGAGCUUGUCCACAUCCUAACCACCGCUAUUGAGGAUGUCGCCGGUUCGUUUGGUGCAGGCAACGUGCCCAAGGUUCUCAAGGCUGUUGAAGUCCUUGGUAUUGAACAGGGCCGUCAGUGGAACGUCGGCUCUCUCAACGAGUUCCGCAAGUUCUUCGGUCUUAAGAACUACGAGACCUUUGAGGAGAUUAACUCCAACCCCAAGGUUGCUGAGUCUCUCCGAAGCUUGUACGGCCACCCCGACUACGUCGAGCUGUACCCCGGUAUUGUCUCUGAGGAGGCCAAGGAGCCCAUGAUUCCCGGUGUCGGUAUCGCUCCUACCUACACCAUCUCCCGUGCGGUUCUAUCCGAUGCUGUGGCGCUCGUGCGUGGUGACAGACACUACACUGUCGACUACAACCCUAGGAACUUGACCAACUGGGGUUACAAUGAGGUCCGCUACGACCUCAACAUUAACCAGGGCUGUGUUUUCUACAAGCUCGCCCAGCGCGCGUUCCCCAACUGGUUCAAGGCUGACUCCAUUUACGCCCAUUACCCCAUGACCAUUCCCAGCGAGAACAAGGUGAUCAUGAAGAACCUUGGCCGCGAGUCUCACUACUCAUGGGACAAGCCCGAGUUCCAGGUUCCUCGCGUGAACCUGACCUCCUACUCCAAUGUUAAGCUCGUCCUCGACCAGCAGAAAGACUUCCGCGUGGUUUGGGGCGACUGCACUCCCAUCCACUCUGGUAAGGGUGGUGAGGACUUCUGGAGUAAGACUCUGAAUGAAGACCAGUGGAAGAAGAGCAUUAAGGAGUUCUACGAGAAGACAACUCUAGAACUGCUCGCAGAGAAGUCGACCAACCUUGCAGGAAGGAAGCAAGUCGACAUUGUCAAGGACGUUGGCAACAUCGUUCCGGCUCGCUUUGCCUCGAAGCUUCUUUCUCUUCCCCUGAAGAGCAAGGAGAACCCUAAGGGUACUUUCACCGACUACGAGAUCUUCAUGUCUCUCGCUGUUAUUUACACUGCCAUCUUCUUUGAUGUCGAUAUCACCAAGUCCUACCCUCUCCGCCAAGCUGCCAACGCCAUUUCUCACCAGCUUGGCCACCAUGUUGAGAGCCAUGUCAAGUCUGUCAGCUCUCCUGGCUUCCUUUCUAAGAUCAUCAACAACUUCAACGAUGACCACAACGCUGUUCAGGAGCUUGGUGACCAGCUCAUAAAGCGCCUGGCAGAGAGCGGCUUGGGUACCUCCGACAUCACCUGGGGCCAGAUCCUACCCACUGCAGUUGAGCUUGUUCAUGGCCAAGCCCAGAUGUUCACUCGUGUGAUCGAGUACUACAUCAACGAUGGCAAACAGCACCUGGCUGAAGUCAGCAACCUUGCUAAGCAGGAUUCCGCGGAAUCUGACAGCAAGCUGACCCGCUACGUCCUCGAGGCCGUCCGCCUGAACGCCGGGUCUGGAGCCUUGCGCAAGGCUGAAGCCGACCUCUACGUUAAGGAGGGUGACCGUGAUGUGAACAUCAAGCCUGGUGACGAGAUCUUCAUUGGCUCGACCCAGGCAAACCGUGACGCCACUGCCUUCCCUGACCCUGAGGAGGUGCGCCUUGACCGACCCGACGAGUCUUACCUCAACUACGGCAUCGGCUCCCAGGUCGGCCUCGGUAAGGAUGCUACUCUUACCGCGGUGACCGCCAUGAUCCGCGCCGUCUUCAGUCUGGACAACGUCCGUCCCGCCCCUGGUCGCCAGGGUGUUCUCAAGAAGGUCGUCCGUCCUUCUGGAUACACAGCUUACAUGCGCGAGGACCACGGUGCAUUCUCUCCUUUCCCUACGACUUUCCGCGUCCACUUCGACGGACAAGUCCCGACCUCCAAGAAGCAGGUUACGUCUUCGUAA